ACUCACGACAUUCUACAUCCGGAGGUAAGUUGAAGAAGUCCCAAUGUGAGCAUGGGUCUCGCCGUGCCACACCGAAUGUACAAAAUGAGAACGGAUCUUUCACUAGAACCUGGAAAGCAUAAUUUUUUAUCCUCUGUGCAUUUGGAAGAAGCUUCUGAAGAUUCUGAUAACGAGUUUUGGAACAAAGUUGCUAUUGAAGCACUUGAAGAACUGGGAAAGUCUUCAGGGAAGCAGCAAGUUCGCCAGGAAGCCAGCAUGGAGGAUGAUUUUUGGGGAAAAUCUGUUGUUAUUGAUGCUCUCGAACAGGCCGAAAGAUGCUCUGUAAAACAAGCAGCCGGUGAAGAUUUUGAACACUGGAAAAGGUUCAGAAAAGCAAACGAUGCUCUGGAGUUUGCUAAGUCAUUUGAGACGGCAAUGUGCCCAAUCACCAUGGCACAGGAGAUGCCAGGACAAAAAUCUGGAUUUCAAUACAUUGUGUCAACUUUGGACAAGUUCGUGGGAACCUAUAUGAAGAUAGAGGGCAGCAAAAUAUGUUAUUACGAGUUGAUUCGUCCAGAACAAAAAUGUCAUCUCUACUUUGACUUGGAAUUUGACCCUCGACACAAUCAGGGCAAAGAUGGCAAUUUGAUGAUUGAAACAUUGUUAUCUAUUGUCGGUGUGCUGGUAUCCUCUGAAUUUCCCGGAGUUCAUGGUCUGUAAGAUGCAUGGAUUUUGGAAACCGAUUUAUCACGUAAAGAGAAAUUCUCAAGGCACUUGCUUAUAAAGAUUCCCGGAGUUCUGUUUGGGGACAACCGAUUGGUUUUUGGAUUUGUUAAGAAGGUGUGCGCAUAUAUAGAUCACAAUCGAUGCAAGUUUCAAUCAUAUGAAGAUCUCUAUGUGUUAACAUCGAAGGGAGUCUCUCUUCAUUGACAAUAAUGUUUACAAGGCGAAGCAGCUAAUGAGGUUGCCAUUUUCCACUAAGCAAGGACUUUCAUCUUCGAUGAUUCCAACCGGGCGCUUUGGCACUCCAAGCUUCACGGUUGAAAAUGUUGAGGAGCUGAAGAAAAUUUUCAUCACAGAGUUCACCUCUGAAAGUCAAGGAUCAGAAAGUUGUAGUGGGCAAACGUCAGAGAACUAUGCUGUGCUUGGUGGGACCCUCUCUGCACAGGGUGUGACAGAGGAAGAUAGUUUUUGGCAAGCAGUUGAGGUCCGAGAUUUGGACAAUAUUUUUCAGCAUUAUGCUCAGCGUGAUCGCUCCGUCAAGCUUUCUGUGUCACCAUUCCCAGCGCCGGAUGGUUUUGUCUUAUCACUUGCAAGCAAACACAGUCUGCCAAACAAAAAAUGUGAGACUCUAAUCGUUUUCAAUUGAACUUUGCUUUUGAAAUCUGAUAGUUUUUUUUUUUUUUUUCCAGCAAACAGAACCUUUUGGUUGUGGCUCCGACUAUUCUAGAAACUCACCCAAAGGUCGGACAUUUGCCCUCCGUCGGACAGCAACUGGCAAAUCUGACAUGUUUCAAUUCUCAUAUUGGAGGAAUUUUUCACACUUGAUACAGUCAUUUCAUAGCAACUGUAACACAAUUUCUUUUCUGUUUUGCUUUUUUUUCCCCCUUUCUAUGGACAGGCAUUGUGCGAGGAGUGACUCUGUAUCCUCGGGAAAAGAAUAUUGUCUUCGAUCUCUCUGGAACCCGUUAUUGCAGCUAUAUCGGGCGUCAACACAGGAGAAACGGUGUCAUGUGUGUUGUAAAUUGUAGAUCAAGGACGGGCCAUUUCAAGUGUCACGACAGAGAAUGCGAAGGUACUUCACCAAAGAUUAACAUCCCAGAUGACUGUUUCAAAUCAUUGUGAAAGAGGUAUACCAAAAAAAACAGAUCCUGAUUGUUUACGAUGUCUAGUUUGAAAAUGCAUGUGGUAAGGAGUUCUCAAAAAUAUCAUGACCUUGAAAUCCGGCUUGAGAUCUA